AUGGCUACUCGUCGAUUAACUGUGAUUACUGAAAAUGCGAUUAUAAACUCUCGGCACACACUUAUCCUGAACCACCAAAAAUUUCUCCUACCAGUUAAUUUUAUAAAUGAGUAUCCUCGAAAGGAUGUAUUGAAGAUGAGUUACCGCCGGUUUAUGAGACUCAAACCCUUCAUAUCUCAAAGACUCAUGGUUAGGAAUACAUAUACUGAGUAUUUGCGAUACAAGUAUAAAAGAGAAAACUAUCUCGAAAAACGUAUGGCAACUGGCAUCGCUACAGGUGAUUUGCAAAGUUGUGAUUUGAAACAAGUUGUCAAUUCUUUAAGAUUUGUGCUCAAAGCUGUCACUCAUCAUGAAUUAUCGACCACAAAAAAACCAGGUCAUCAUCAUGAAAACGAUAUUUGUCGCAGAAUUUUGAAGAAUAUUCUAACUAUGGAAUAUGAAAAGCAAAGACUGAUACACAAAGACCCCGCAAUUUACUAUCAACUCUUUCGGAAGACCUACGAAUAUCUGCAACCAUUCAAAAACGGUGAUAAAGUUAACCCGAUUUUUUUGAAACUAUUUUCCAUAAGAGAAUUUGAUAGGUGUUUAGUUUGCCUAAAUGAAACUCUUGACACAAGACUAUGA